CGAUCUUGUUCACAACAAACAGAGAGAGGGGGCGUUAGAAUUGUGAAUGUGUAAACCUGACAUGACUUUUAAACAAACGCUAAGACGUUGUUUAGACUUUUUAUUGUGUUUUCUAUGGCUAAGUGACCAGAAAUUGGAGUACUGGGGAAAGGUUGAGGUAAAAAAAAUAAUAAUCCUUUGAUGUAAACUGUGAGGAAACCGUCUAUUUCCAGUGCAGCCUGUAAAGGUGGUCCAUGCAUAGACGUGUAAACUGGCCACCACCAUUACUGGACUUUUAACUUCACUGUCACGAGGCCAUUGGAGCACCGCCUCCUACUGUUUUGGGAUUAACUCUUGAUAAACGCACAAACAUCUUGCAACUGGCUAUGCUCAAAAACUUCGGCCUAUGGUCAACACUUAGUCAAUUAUUACUCACUCAGUACACAGGCUCUGGUCAGCUCGUAAAUGAGCUUCAGAAUUGCAUGCAACAGUGUGCAGGUAUUAAGUGUCCCUCUUCAUCUGAUGUGGAUAGUUUGAUUGGUUUAUGGCUCAGAUUCUUGCUUUGUCACGUUCUCUUCACCUGCAGCACCCACUGCGGGUGAGCUUAACAUCAUUGCGCUCACGCAGUAUGUCGUCGUUAGACACUCGAGCCCGAGCUGUGUUUUCUGCAGCACUUGAAGGUGUGCAGCCGGACAUAGUGGUCCGCAGGAGUCUGGAGAGACAUGGAGACAAACUUCUCGUGGGUGGACAGAGCUUCACACUCACCAAUAACCUUUAUCUGGUGGGCUUUGGAAAGGCUGUGCUGGGGAUGGCAGCAGAAGCAGAGAGGAUUGUAGGAGACCAUCUAAUUAAAGGGGUUGUCAGCGUGCCUCACGGUAUCCAGAAAACACUACGCAAUCAUGGAAAAGCGAAGAUGCUACUUGAGAAUAACAGCAGAAUUACAGUGAUGGAAGGAGCAAAGAACAAUUUACCGGAUGCAGAUGCCCAGAAGUCAGCAGACUGUAUUCGAGAUCUUGCCAGUGGUCUGACUGAGAAAGAUCUGCUGCUUGUGCUCAUCUCUGGUGGUGGUUCUGCUCUUUUACCUGCUCCAGCCCCACCCAUGUCCUUGCAGGAGAAGCAGGAUGUGACAAGAAAACUAGCAGCAGCAGGGGCUACAAUUCAGGAGUUAAAUACAGUAAGACGAGCCCUGUCAUUGUUGAAGGGUGGAGGCCUUGCCCAGUGUGCCAGCCCAGCCCAGGUAGUGGCAUUGAUUCUGUCAGAUGUUAUUGGAGAUCCUCUGGAUUUAAUAGCCAGCGGUCCAACAGUCAGGAGUGACUCAAAGCCAGAGGAGGUAUGGGAUAUCUUGAAUCGUUAUAAGCUCUCUGGCACUCUUCCUUCCUCUGUGAAAGAGGUGCUUAGACCCCAUUUUGGGUCACAGGUGCAAGAAAAGCCAGAAGAAGUAAAAGACCAUGUUUUAAACGUUGUAAUUGGCUCAAACACUAUUGCCCUUGAUUGUGCCAGCCGAAAGGCUGUUGAGCUAGGGCUUCGACCCGUCAUUCUAUCUCCAGGAGUAUGCGGUGACGUUCGCUCCGUUUCGCGACUAUACGGGCUGCUCUCACGUUUUGCAUGCUUCCCAGAAAAGGAACCUCCUCCAGAACUCGCUGCAAAGAUCCUUCAGCUUGGACCAGAGGUUGGGGUAGAAAGCUGGGACUUGUGUCGUACCAUGAACGUGCUCGUAGGGGAGAGGAAGGAAGGCUGGGGUGCAACCUGUCUUCUGGCUGGAGGGGAACCUACUGUGCAACUGACAGGAAAGGGCAGGGGAGGGAGGAACCAGGAGUUGGCUCUGCGGGUGGGGCUUGAGCUCAGUCGUGAUGAAGUAAAGAGUGGUGCAGUGUUCCUCAGUGGAGGAACAGAUGGACAGGAUGGCCCCACUGAGGCAGCUGGUGCUGUCGCAAGUGGAGAACUGAUGGAAGAGGCCACAUCUCAAGGUCUGGACAUUGAUGGCUUUCUCGUCAAUAAUAAUUCGUUCACAUUUUUCUCGCAGCUCUCUGAAGGACAACGGUUACUUAUGCCUGGUCUGACAGGAACUAAUGUGAUGGAUGUGCAUGUGAUGCUGCUGCCACCAUCAGCGCAAAGGGACAUGCAAUAAUUUGACUCCAAGAUGAUAGAGGGAUAAUUUUUUCUUUAAGAUAGUUCUCUUUUUAGGAUUUGUCCAUGAUAUUAUCACUUAUUUUAACCACUAAAGUUUUAUUUUCUUCAUGCCAUGGAAGAUUCCUGCUUGGUCUUGAACCAAAGUAAGGUGCUUUACAAUGCGUAUUGUACACUGACUGAAAUAUAAUUUACUUACGAAAUAAAUAACAGAACACUAAUACGCAAUCAGAUACAAAUUGUAUUUAUUUUUUGCACUGCAAAAAGACAGCAGUAACCUCUUGGACAACAGUAAGAGGCACAAUUCAUUUCUUUUUUUAUCUUUUUACAGUGAAGCCUAAGUUCUACAUACAGACCAGGUGACUAUGUGAACAUUUGGGACCUUAAGUUUGACUAGUAUUCUUGUCAGUUUUUGGUCAAAUGAUACUGUCUGAGAAUGGUUGAAGUUUAGUUUCGCUAUCUACUAGCUUCCAGAAUUCAAUCAUAAAACACUAAAGCGUUCAAAAAAUUCAGAGCUUCUAUUUAUCACAGCAAGUUCCUUUAACACUCUCUCUUCAGUGCACAGCACUGUCAGGUGUUUUAGAGCAUAUAUUUGUGUAUUUGGACCUUGAGUUUUGCAUCACAGACAUAUUCAUGAGUAAAACCAAUAAAGUUGCACAGAUUAUUUAGUCUUCU